AUGACACUCUUUUCUUCAAUCUCAUCAAUGUCAAGUUCAAUGACAAGCUCAAAAUCCAGCUUUGCAUCUUUUGGUAAUGGAACAAGGGUGAGUUCAAAUUCAAUUGCAUGUAGUGUUGACUGUGACGGCAAAGGUGUUAGCUCAGGAUCAGACUUAACAGGAGGCGCUAAAUCAGGUGGAGAUUGUGGUGGUAAAGGAAGACCAAAUAAUCAUGGUCAUGGUCAUGAAAAUUGUCAUGGUGGUAAAGGUCCAGGAAAUUCAUGUUAA